AUGGUUAUAGUUCAGUAUAUUGUAUUACGUCGUGAUUUGUCAACGGUGUUAAAUUGGCCAUUAGGUGCAUUAAUUGCACAAGGUUGUCAUGCCGCGACAGCAGCCAUUACUACUUACUAUACACAUUCAGAUACAGUGUUAUAUCUAAACGAACUAAAUAGAAUGCAUAAAAUUGUUUUAGGAGUUGAGAAUGCGGAACAACUAGAAAAUUUGGCAAAUAAAUUAAAAGAUGCCAGUAUUGAUUAUUAUUUGUGGAUAGAACAACCGGAAGAUCUAUGCACAGCAUUAGCUACACGCCCAUACGAGAAAUCAAUUAUUCAGGUUUAUUUUAAAGGACUUAAAUUAUUAUCAUGA